CGAAAUUCAAAUUGCUCCAACAAAACAUCGGCAGCUGACAGUGACUUUUCUGGGCUUCCGCAGUUUUUGGACGGCUUCACUAUUCUCAAUUGACGCAUUCGGGCAACCGAGAGAACCGUCAUCUGUACACACGCCGCUGGCGCGAUGCCCGUGGAGAGGACGGAGAGGACGGAGAGGAGGACGGAGCCCCGCGGGGCGGAAGAGCUUCACAAAUGCUACCAGGUUUAUGACACUAUCGGUUCAGGUGGGUUCGCUAAAGUGAAGCUGGGUCGGCACAUCCCGACAGGAGAGAAGGUGGCCAUUAAGAUCAUGAACAAGAAAGACCUUGGGGAUGAUCUUCCACGCGUGAAAGUGGAGAUGGAGGCAAUGAAGAACUUAAGUCAUCAGCACAUCUGCCGUCUCUACCAAGUCAUCGAGUCCGCCACACAGAUCUUCAUGAUACUUGAGUACUGUCCAGGAGGGGAGUUGUUUGACUACAUUAUAGCAAAGGACCGGCUUUCAGAAGAGGAGACGCGAGUGUUUUUCAGACAGAUUAUGUCUGCCAUGGCCUACGUCCACAGCCAGGGUUACGCACACAGGGACCUCAAACCGGAGAACCUGUUGAUAGAUGGAGACCACAACUUGAAGCUCAUAGAUUUCGGUUUAUGUGCCAAACCCAAGGGAGGCCUUGGGUACGAGUUGAUGACGUGUUGCGGAAGUCCCGCUUAUGCUGCGCCUGAGCUCAUCCAGGGAAAAGCUUACAUUGGCUCAGAGGCCGACGUGUGGAGUAUGGGCGUGCUGCUGUUCGCGCUGCUCUGCGGCUAUUUGCCCUUUGAUGACGACAACUGUGUGGUCCUCUACAGGAAAAUUACUAGAGGAAAGUAUGACAACCCUCCGUGGCUAUCCCCCGGAAGCAUCCUCCUGCUCAACCAAAUGAUGCAGGUGGACCCCAAGUUGCGUCCGGCAGUGCAGCAGCUGCUGGAGCACCCUUGGGUGAUGCAAGACUACAACAGCCCUGUGGAGUGGCACAGCAGGCAGCCGCUGGGUCACAUAGACGAGGACUGCAUCACUGAGAUGGCGGUCAACAUGAAGCGGUCCAGAGAGAGCACCACGGCGCUGGUUAAGGAGUGGCGCUACGACCACGUCACAGCCACGUACUUGCUCCUGCUGUCGAAGAAGCAGAGAGGCAAGCCCGUGCGCCUCCACACCGAGCCCGACGCCAUCGAUGCCGCCUUCUCUCCACUACGUGGGCGAAUGCAGACUACGGGAGAUCUUCACUUCACUGCCGACGACGACGACGCUGUGAUUCUGGAUUCUUUGGAUCUUUGCUCAGACUACAUAGACGAUUGUCCGUGGGUGUCCGUCGAACGUCACACGCCUCAAGCGGUUCACCAGAAGAUGGAACGAAUUACAGAUGACAAGAAGCCGGCAACACCAUUAGAGAAAAGAUGUGUGCGGAGCCCGCCGCCCGAGAGGGCUCAAGCGACGGCCCGCCACCGCCAGGAGAGGAGGCACAAAGAGCGCCAACCAGCCCGUGACGACAAGGAGAACGUUGGCCAGCAGGAGAAAGACGUGGAGAUAUUUGCACUGCCUCCGCCUCGCACUCCUCCUUCCAGCAAGAACAACACCCGCCACAAGAAUGUGUUGACCACACCCAAUCAAACCGCGGCCAAUGGCAUCAGAGGUACACCCAAAGCAGAAGGCAGCGGUGCUAAAGAUCCCAUUAAGAGGAGAGCGGCAGAGAGCAAGGAGCCCAGAAACAUCGAGAUCCUAGCCUUUAGUCCUGAAAGAAGGUCUCGCUCUUUGGACAUGGCCGGUAGCGGAGACAGCGGAAAGAAGCGAAGGGCGGGGCGGGUGUUCGGCUCCCUGGAGAGGGGCCUGGACAAGGUGAUCACCAUGCUCACCCCCGGCAAGAGACGAGCGCCGCGAGACGGCCCGCGUAAGAUCAAGACUCAAUACAACGUGACCCUGACGGGGCAAACCAACCCGGACCAGGUCCUCAACCAGAUCCUCUCCGUCCUGCCAGAGAAAAAUGUCGAGUUCAUCCAGAAAGGCUACACAGUGAAGUGCAAGACCUGGGAUGACUUUGGCAAGGUGACCGUGGCCUUUGAGCUGGAGGUGUGUCUGCUGCACAGGCCAGAAGUGGUCGGCGUGCGUCGUCAGCGCCUAAAAGGAGACGCUUGGGUCUACAAGCACUUGGUGGAGGACAUCCUCUCCUCGUCCAGCAUCUGAGCAUCGAGUCGCUGCUUUUCAAUACCAGCAAGCCUCGAAAGACUUUACAUUCAUGUGCAACAUGUACAGUCCAUCCUUUUUUUCUCCCGCCACCUAAUUUGCCACUUCACAAGAAUAAAUUAUGACUUUUAUUUUACUGAACAGCUCUGCAUUGAAAUUUAUGGCUCUUUUUAACCUCUAAAUCUACUUGAUUUAAUUGCAGUAAGCAAUGCUUACUAAUUUGAUGUGUUUUUUUUUUUUUUUUUUAAUGUUUCUAUAUCAGUGUUCGUUUUGUUUAUCAAUGUUUGUGACAAUGUGAA